AUGGUCGAGCCGCUCCCGAGACGGACGACGGGAAGCCAGAACAGUGCCGGCCGUCGUCAGCGGCGGACGAGUUGGUGGAGGGUCCAGCUGUUUCGCGGCAUGAUCAACGACAUCCGGCGCCGAGCGCCGUUUUACACGAGCGAUUGGCUGGACGCCUGGGAUUAUCGUGUCGUGCCGGCGACGGUGUACAUGUAUUUUGCAAAGUACGUCUGGCCGUUUCCUCGCGUCCCAGCCCUCUUACAACCCCGCGCGUUCGUCGGUGGUAACUUUGAUGUUAUUGGCCACGACGCCUUCGCAUCUAUCCUCCCCGCGCUGGCCUUCUCCCUCGACAUGUUCACCAGCACCGGGUCGACAUACGGCGUCAACGAGGUUCUCCUGGCCUCGGUCCUCGGCUCCGUCGUCUUUGCCGUCCUCGCAUGCCAGCCCUUGGUCAUCGUCGGCGUCACGGGCCCCAUCACCGUCUUCAACUACACCGUCUACGACAUCAUGAAGCCGACGGGCGUGAACUAUCUGGCCUUCAUGUGCUGGAUCGGUCUCUGGUCCCUCGUCUUCCACUGGAUCCUCGCCAUCAUGAACUCCUGCAACUGGCUUCGCUACGUCACCCGUUUCCCCUGCGACAUCUUCGGCUUCUACGUCGCCUUCAUCUAUCUCCAAAAGGGCAUCCAAGUCCUCGAGCGUCUGGGCGACGCCGAGCCGUUCUACCUGUCCAUAGUCGCUUCGCUGCUCGUCUUCAUGGUCGCGUACGUCUGCGCCGGCGUCGGGGGCAGCGGUCUGUUCCACCACCACAUGCGCAUCUUCCUCAAGGACUACGGCACGCCAUUGACCCUCAUCUUCUUCACCGGCUUCGUCCGCAUUGGGAGGAUGAAGCCGAUCCAUCUGGAGGUGUUGCCGACGAGUAUUGCGUUCAUGCCGACUGCUGAUCGCGGCUGGCUCGUUCAUUUUUGGGAUAUCCCCGUCGGCGAUAUCUUUCUCGCCCUCCCUUUUGCGGUUUUGUUGACGAUUCUGUUCUGGUUCGAUCACAACGUGUCAUCCCUAAUCGCCCAGGGCACCGAGUUUCCCCUCCGUAAACCCGCCGGUUUCCACUGGGACCUGUUCCUCCUCGGCCUGACCACCGGCGUCGCCGGCAUCCUAGGCCUGCCCUUCCCCAACGGCCUCAUCCCGCAGGCCCCCUUCCACACCGAAUCCCUAACCGUACGAAAGUCCGAGGCAGAGGUCGACGACAAGGGCGAGUUCACCGGUAAAUACGCGACGCGGGCCUCCCACGUCGUCGAGCAGCGCGUCUCGAACCUCGCCCAGGGUCUCCUGACCCUCGGCACCAUGACCGGCCCGCUGCUGGUCGUGCUGCACCUGAUACCGCACGGCGUGCUCGCGGGGCUCUUCUUCGUCAUGGGCGUCCAGGCGCUCGAGGGCAACGGGAUCACGCUCAAGCUGCUCUUCCUCGCGCGGGACCGCAACCUGACGCCGCCGAGCCACCCGCUCAACCAGAUCCGCCGGCGCGCCGUGUGGGGCUUCGUCGCGAUCGAGCUCGUCGGGUUCGGGGCCACCUUCGCCAUCACGCAGACGGUGGCGGCCGUGGGGUUCCCGGUGUUCAUCAUGCUGCUCAUCCCCAUACGGGCGUGGCUGCUGCCGCGGUGGUUCUCGGGACAGGAGCUCGGGGUGCUGGAUGGGCCUACGGCGAGCCCGUUCACGAUGGAGAGCGUGGGCGGGGUGUACGGUGGUGACGCCGAGGAGGAUUCGGACGAGACGAGGUUCGAGGACGGGCCGAAGAGCAGGCAGGCGAGUGGUAGCGAGGGCGUUCUGAGGAGUGCGGAGGAGGAUGUUGAGCUGGGCCAGUCGAGGAGUGUUGAGUCUCUCGGGAGGGCCUCGAGGAGAGGGGGGCAUGCGGGUGCUGCUGAGUGA